GCUAUUUUGAGGGCCCCUAUCUUUUUCCCUUCUGAGUUCUGAUAUCAGCAGCCCUCGAAAUCUUCGGUCGGUGGCAAAGCUUUGUGGUGAGAGAAAUCAAAGAUGGCUGAGAAACGGGAAGACAUAGAGAGGUCGAUUUAUAUUCACGUUUGUAGAAAUUUGGACGCCGGUUCUCAAUCGAAUGCUUGGUAUGUGAUUAAUCAAAGACCGGAAGGUGCGGAAAUCUACCCAGUUUUUGACGACAUACCUCAACUCUACCCUGGCGGUGCUCUUGCUGAUACCAACUGUGAAGUUGUUGAUUCCAACUUGUACGUCAUCGGUGGCUGGGAUUCCGUGAAGCACACCUACACCAACGUUGUCCGUUGUCUGGACACCCGUAACCCAAGCAACGGUUGGAAAACUUGCUUGACCUUGCCAUUUGCUUGCUGUGGAGCUUUUUCUGCCGUUUGCGGUGAGUGGAUGUACGUCAUCGGAGGUGAUUAUCAAGGUUACCCUAUCCGCUCCUCUCGUCUUCCAUGGGGUUUGGUCUUUAAUCUUGACUGCAAGUUGGAGAAACUAUAUACCCUUAGAGCUCCUGGCGUCGGUGAAUUUCCAGAUGCUUCUGCUGCUUUCCUGGGCGGACUAUUGGUAUUUAUUCCGAACGAAAAUGCAUUGUAUAUUCAUAAUCCAGUGCACCGGAAGUGGGAGGUUUACAAGUCGAAUGAUGUUAUUGUUGAGGAUGAGGAUGACUGGGAUUUUUGCGUGGUUUCAGGUGGAAUCCUCUAUUCCUACAAUAUGGAAGAUGGGAAGUUAUUUGCUUACGACCUUAUUCAGCGUCAACGCCUUACUCCCAUCAAGGUUCCUGAUUCUCUCAAGAUUCCUGAUGAUUGCAUACCUGGUGGAACCCCAUCACUGGUUUCAGUGGCAAAUUCCAAGCUCUGUUUUAUCUGGGGUGAGUCUACUAGUCGCACUCACAUGUGUCUUUGCUACACUAAAUUCUUGGUUUGUCACGGUGAUUCUCCGCACAUCAUUAUUGAGGACCAACUAAACUCUUAAAUUGAGGCCUUUGCUGUCCUCAACGUUGUAGCAUUUGAUCCAUGUUCAGAUGAAGAGAGCAGUAGCAGAUUGAUGAUUAGAGCUGAUCAUCCAAGUCCCGAUGGUUCAUCUGAAGUGCCUCAAAAGAAGAAAGCAAAAUCAUCUGACCAGCCAACCAAGAAAAUUAAGAUGGAUGAUU